AUGACCCAAUGGAAGCUCUUACGUCUGAAACAAACCACCACUGUUUCAGCUUAUAAAGCUGAGUUUGAAUCCUUGUCCAAUCGUUUAAGAGGUCUUUCAGCUCCUCAUAAAUUAAGUGUUUUCCUGAGUGGGCUAAAAGAUGAAAUCCGCUUGCCAGUUAAGAUGUUAAAUCCUAUUAACUUGGGAGCGGCUUUCGGACUAGCAAAAGUACAGGAGGAAUACCUCCUAACUUCCAAGAAGCCUUACACUAGACCUCAUUCAGAUAAGCCAAUUUCAUCUUGGGAAACAAAUCCUAACUCCACUGGCCAGUACAGUGAAGGAAGCAGCAGUAGUAAGGGGGGGAGAUAUGUUACUCCUAACAGGAAGUUGUUCUCAACCUCAAUGGAUGAGAAGCGCCGCAAGGGACUUUGCUACCAUUGUGAGGAGAAGUGGAACCCCACGCACCAGUGCAAAACACCAAAAGCUUACCUGUUGCAGACCCUUGAAGAACCAUUGGAAGCAGGACAGACUGAACUAGCAGAAAUUGAGGACAAUGACCCUGAGAUGGAGCCCUUAGUAGAGCAAGCUGAAGCAGGGAUUUCGUUGAAUGCUAUGAGUGGGACCCCUAAUGCUCAAACAAUGAGACUUCUGGGCAAUUUGUGUGGAGUACAAGUGGUGGUUCUGAUCGAUUCAGGCAGUACAAAUAAUUUUAUGGACCCCUGGGUGUCCAGAAAAACCAAACUACCAAUGGCAGACCCAAGACCCAUUUCGGUAAAGAUUGCAAAUGGAGAUGUUAUCCAAGGUGAAGGCCAACGCAGUGAAGUACCCCUCAAACUGCAAGGUACACACAUUACUACCUCCUUUUAUUUACUUAAAUUGGCUGGUUGUGAUCUGGUUCUCGGAGUAGCUUGGUUGCAAACUCUUGGCCCAAUAUUGUGGGAUUUUGCAAAACUUACAAUGGAGUUUGGAGGAAGGGAUGGAAAACAAGUCCUGAGAGGAUUAAAGCCUGGUGAGUCAACUGUAGAGGGUAGUAGCAAGUCUCUACUCCACUCUAUAAACCGUGGCCAAGGAUUUUGGUUACAAUGGCAGGAAACCCAAACCGUGGAAAAAAACCUCAGCUCUGAAUUCCAAAGAACCCACCCAGACAUAAAAGCCCUCCUAACUCAGUUUAAAAAAAUCUUUGACACCCCACAAGGCCUUCCCCCAACCCGUUCCAAGGAUCAUAGAAUAAUCCUUAAAGAAGGAACCCAGCCUAUUUCUACUCGACCCUACCAUUACCCACAUUACCAAAAAAAUGAGAUUGAGAAACUGGUGACAGAAAUGCUACAAACAGGAGUUAUUAGACCCAGUUCCAGCUCUUUCUCAUCUCCCGUAUUGCUGGUUCGAAAGGCAGAUGGAGGCUGGCGUUUGUGUGUGGAUUACCGAUCCUUAAACAAGGAAACGGUGAAGGAUAAAUUUCCAAUACCAGUGAUAGAUGAACUACUGGAUGAAUUAAAUGGGGCGGUGGUUUUCUCAAAGCUGGACUUAAGGUCCGGCUAUCAUCAAAUAAGAGUGGUGGAGGAAGACAUACCAAAAACUGCAUUCUGA